UACUUGUACUACCUUUUUUGGUGACAGAACUACAGCCCCUCAGGAGGAUGGGCCAUAGCAGUGGGAAAUUGCUGCUUUCAGGCUUUGGAAUGGCUGGAGAGAGAUUGGAAGAGAGGGCUAGAAGCCUUCCAACAGCAAGAUCAUGGGCUGGGAGUCAUCUGCACCUCAGGCUUAUGCCCAAAGAAGAGGGACAGCAGUGCUGCUGUUAAUCGUAUCCUCAGCUUGUAAGGUUGCCUGGUCACUAUGAACAAUGGCCCAGCUAUACUACAAAAAGGUAAACUAUUCACCAUACAGAGAUCGGAUCCCACUACAGAUUGUGCGAGCAGAGGCAGAGCUCUCAGUGGAAGAGAAGGCCUACCUCAGUGCUGUGGAGAAAGGGGACUAUGCCAGUGUGAAACAUGCCUUACAAGAGGCGGAGAUCUACUACAAUAUCAACAUUAACUGUAUGGAUCCUCUUGGUCGCAGUGCCCUUUUAAUAGCCAUAGAGAAUGAAAAUCUGGAGAUCAUGGAGUUACUUCUGAGCCACUGCGUGUAUGUGGGAGAUGCUCUGCUGUAUGCAAUACGGAAAGAGGUGGUGGGAGCUGUGGAGCUGCUGCUGAAUUACAGGAAGCCAAGUGGUGAAAAACAGGUUCCAACCUUGAUGAUGGACACACAGUUUUCGGAAUUCACUCCAGAUAUCACACCAAUAAUGCUGGCGGCUCACACCAACAACUAUGAAAUCAUCAAACUGCUUGUCCAAAGACGGGUAACUAUUCCACGCCCACAUCAGAUCAGAUGCAAUUGUGUGGAGUGUGUCUCCAGUUCAGAGGUGGACAGCCUGAGGCAUUCCAGGUCCAGGCUGAACAUCUACAAAGCCUUAGCCAGCCCCUCACUGAUUGCCUUAUCAAGUGAGGACCCUAUCUUGACAGCCUUUAGACUGGGCUGGGAGCUGAAAGAGCUCAGCAAAGUGGAAAAUGAGUUCAAGGCUGAAUAUGAAGAGCUUUCUCAGCAAUGCAAGCGUUUUGCUAAGGACCUUUUGGAUCAAGCACGGAGUUCCCGAGAAUUAGAGAUUAUUCUCAAUCACAGAGACGAUCAAAGUGAAGAGCUGGACCCCCAGAAAUGUCAUGAUUUGGCAAAGCUAAAGGUAGCAAUAAAGUACCACCAGAAAGAGUUUGUUGCUCAGCCCAACUGCCAGCAGCUGCUUGCAUCCCGCUGGUAUGAUGGUUUUCCAGGCUGGAGGCGGAAACACUGGGCAGUAAAACUCUUGACUUGUGUCACCAUCGGACUGCUAUUCCCUGUGCUAUCUGUGGCAUAUCUGAUUGCACCGAAGAGCAGGCUGGGACUGUUCAUUAAAAAGCCAUUUAUAAAGUUUAUCUGCCACACCGGCUCAUACCUAACCUUCCUCUUCAUGCUCCUGCUGGCAUCGCAGCAUAUCGUCAGGACUGACCUUCACAUGCAGGGACCGCCUCCCACCAUCGUGGAGUGGAUGAUCCUGCCCUGGGUUCUAGGUUUUAUCUGGGGAGAAAUCAAGGAAAUGUGGGAUGGUGGAUUCAAUGAAUAUGUACAUGACUGGUGGAAUUUGAUGGAUUUUGCAAUGAACUCCCUCUAUCUUGCAACUAUCUCCCUUAAAAUUGUUGCCUAUGUCAAGUACAACGGUUCUCGUCCAAGGGAGGAAUGGGAAAUGUGGCACCCGACUCUCAUUGCAGAAGCCCUCUUUGCAAUAUCCAACAUUUUAAGUUCUUUGCGUCUCAUAUCCCUGUUUACAGCAAAUUCACACCUGGGACCCCUGCAGAUUUCUCUGGGACGCAUGCUGCUAGACAUCCUUAAAUUCCUUUUUAUCUACUGUCUGGUGCUUCUGGCUUUUGCCAAUGGACUGAACCAGCUUUAUUUUUAUUAUGAGACCAGUGCCUCGGAGGAACCCAACAACUGCAAGGGGAUCCGAUGUGAGAAACAGAACAAUGCCUUCUCCACACUUUUCGAGACCCUCCAGUCUCUCUUCUGGUCUGUGUUUGGUCUGCUGAAUCUCUAUGUCACCAAUGUGAAAGCCAGACAUGAGUUCACAGAGUUUGUUGGGGCCACUAUGUUUGGGACCUACAAUGUCAUCUCUCUUGUCGUGCUGCUGAACAUGCUCAUAGCCAUGAUGAACAACUCCUAUCAGCUCAUUGCGGACCAUGCAGACAUCGAGUGGAAGUUUGCACGGACAAAGCUCUGGAUGAGUUACUUUGACGAAGGGGCCACCCUGCCUCCUCCCUUUAACAUCAUCCCAAGUCCCAAGUCUUUCUGGUACCUCUGCAAGUGGAUUCACAAUCAGCUGUGUCCAGGCAACGACUCUGACAAUGAACAGAAGAGACAUGAAAACCUCAAAACAUUCACGGAGCGCCACGCUGAUAACCUCAUCCAGAAUCAACAUUACCAGGAAGUGAUUAGAAAUCUUGUGAAAAGAUACGUUGCAGCAAUGAUAAGAACUUCCAAAACCAAUGAAGGCUUAACUGAAGAAAAUUUCAAGGAAUUAAAACAGGAUAUCUCAAGUUUUCGCUAUGAAGUCCUUGACCUCCUCGGUAACAGGAAGCCACAGAGGAGAAGUUAUUCCACCAGUAGCACAGAGGUGUCUCAAAAGGAUGAAACAAAUGAGGAUAGCGCCGGAGAAAAACCCAAAGUCAAGAGUGUGUCUUUCAAUGUAGCCAACAAAAAAAAGGACUUCAAUGUAUCGGCGCUAAUUAAAACCAUGUCUGGGAUUGAUAUGGUGGAAGAGAAGCCAAAAAGCAAUGGGAUCAGUAAGCGUUCCUUUAUCCGAAAUGGAAACAGAGUUCAGAGGCUUUCCAGUUCCAAGAAGGAGUCCUUUAAGAGACUGGGGCUGCUGUUCUCCAAGAUGAACGGACAUGUACCUGAAGCAAAUUCAGAGCCCAUGUACACUAUUUCAGAUGGAAUUAUUCAGCCACACUACAUGUGGAAAGACAUCAAAUAUUCUCAGAUUGAUAAAGAGAGAGAAGAGAAUUGUUCCAAAAGUGAAAUUAACCUCAAUGAGGUAGACUACAGUGGGAACACGAGACUUACAGGACAGAGCAAGGAGUGCCCUGUGGUUUGUACCAGCUCCCUUCACUGUGCUUCCAGUAUUUGCUCCUCUAAUUCCAGACUUUUAGACUCAUCAGAGGAUGUGUUUGAUUCAUGGGGAGAGGCUUGUGACUUGUUUAUAAACCAGUGGAAAGACGGGCAAGAGGACCAUGUUACAACGCGGCUAUAAGUAAGGCUAUCUUAACACCUGCUAGAAAACUUAGUUCAUUAUUUGUAGUUGUUUGCUCUCACCUGAUUCAGCGUUAUGAAUUCCUUUCUGUCCACAGGAUGAAACAAAUGUAAAACUCUGUUAGCCUAUUUUAUAGCUAUCUGCACCUCUUAUGAGUUUAUUUAUUUUUUUACCUUCACAAAAAGUGAAUGGAAGGUUUCACCAUUUAUAAAGCCACUGUAAACCACAGUGCUCCUUCAGAUGCAGUCAGUCUUUGAAUCCCACAUAAUUCAGAUACACCAGUGGCAGAGUAGAGGAUUUCUCCAGUGCUCUCAUCAUCCCAGCACUGCUGGGCUAUCACUGCUGCUAUCCAAUGUGAUCAGCUCCACAUCCUGCUUGAACUCCUCAUCAGCACAUCCAGCUGGUGAGCGGUGGCUUAGCAGGAGGCUGAGAAUCAUAUGUAAAAACCUUUUUAGGAAGGGUUUCAGGUUAUAACUGGCUUUUUGUUUUCUUUAAGCAAUACAACCUCUGAUUCUUUCAGUAGCGUGUUUUUCAGGUCAUUAUAUUCAUCUUGUAAAUUGUUACUGAUUAAGAGGCACCUGUGAUCAUGCAACUAGAACACAUUAUGAUUUGCUCGUUUACUUAACUGCCAUAAAGAAACUCCCUGGCAGGGAGCAGAAUGGCCUCUUAGUGGGGCAGGCAGGGGAAGCCAGUGCCUGGCCUUGCUCAAAACUUCUGCAUUGAUGAACAUCCCCAGACCAGCUGUGGCUGCCUGAGACAGAAACCUCAAUGUGGUUCUUAUAUCACUAAUGGUAAACCAAAAUCCAGCCCUAAACCUCACCCUUACACCACCUGCUCUUAUUUCCACUGCUGCAUUUGCGUUUUGCUGCCUCUUUAGCCAGUGUCAUGCUUCAGGCAGAAGCCAUCCACCUGCUGUACAGCAGUCAGGGCCCUGGUUCUGAGAGCUGCAUACCUGAAAAGCAACUGAAGAAAGAGCAGCCCAGACUGCAUCUGGCACCCUGGGAUGUCUCUGUGGUCCAUUUUCUGAGGUGCAACAAAAAGGAGCAUGGAAAGGAAACGUUACCCUGCUGUUCCUGUUUUUUCACUUCAUUUUCCCCCUCCAUUUCUGCUAGGCCCUGUCCAGGCAUUCCCCUUGUUGCAUUUGUCCGAAGGAGCAUCAAAAAGGGGAGAAGAUGCCCCAUCAAGAGCAGAAUGGUUGACAUGGUGAUUUUUCACAAUGUGGUACUUGGACUUUGUGUGCUGUUGCUGAGAUACACAGAUGAUUGGCACUCGAUACUGCUUCAGAGCUGCUGUUAGUUGGCUGCUUGCCUGGAAGAAGCCAGUGCUGACCAGGAGCUGAGGAAUGGCUGUGCCUUACACCACGGCUUUGUCAGGCUCUAUUCCCAGGGCAGGUGAUGUGGGCUGCAGCACAUCCUGAGGGAUACUGCUAUAAAUUACCUCUUCUGCAGAGGCACUGCAGUCCUGCAUAAAUGAGAUGCUGGGAUGCCUGGGGAAUGAUGCUUUGCCGGAGUUUCAAAUCUGACUCUCUCCAGCUGUUAAGGAAAACCACCACCUUGUUGGGAUCUUCGUGUGGACACUGAUAGAGCACAACUUAAUGGUCAUGAUGGGAUAUGCCUGCAGCCCAGAUACAGGUGUGAACAGCCCUUAUAGCAGACCUGCAGAUGCUGACAGGUGUGGCUCACAGGAGGCUUUGAAUGCAGAACGUGAGGGGAAAAGCAACAGAAUUAAGGAAAAAGAGCAGCCAGGAAGAGAGACUCAGAAGUGUUCUGUUCUCCUUGUUAGCAGCAUGCAGCAACCAACCCAAAGAUGUGCUAGGUAUGAGAGGGCAAGAAGCACUUCAUUGUGAAUGUGGAUGUGGUGCUCAGGGAUAUGAUUUAGCAGAGGGUUGUUAAGAGUUAGGGCACUAUGGUUAGGCUGCGGUUGGACUUGAUGAUCUUUGAGGUCUUUUCCAACCUGAGUAUUUCUGUGAUUCUAUGAAUAAACUGCAGCGUUAUAGCAGUCUUUGAGAGCUGCAUCUUCUCUUCCUGUAAGUAAGGCUGAGCAAAGCAUCACAAGGAGACGUGCAGAAUCUGAGGGGUCAGAAGCAGUUGGCUGUUUGCUCAAUGAGAAAUCCAUCAAUUCUGCCUUUUAUGAUACAAACCCACUGAUGAGAGCUGCAGUUAGAAGCAGCUGAAUGCGGUUCUCAAGGCAGCUCACAGUAAGAACCUACAGUUUAAUAAAUCUAAUUUAGUGUAUUUUUGGAAGCGUGAACAUUAACGUGAGCUACUACAGGGAGUGAGGAGAAGGGUUUGAAUUAUUUCAUCUCUCACCUAAGCAUAGUGCAGCUUAUGAACUCUGGGGCAGCACUUCUUUACGUUACCAGUGUAACAAGCAGGAAUAAAAAGCACCUGAGUUUGGUUGUGCAGAUGAUGUCAGCUGAGUCGGAGGCUGGGGCAGAUGCAGGGCUCACACCCUCAGACAGCAGAAGGGCUUUGAAGUUUUCCACAAAUGAAGCGCACUGGAGCUGGCUCCGAUUAAAUGGUAUCAUUCAGAUUCAGCCCUGCAUUAACAGGUACAAAUCUCAAAAUGAAACGCAAAUAACUGCAGCAGUGCUUCUCAAAAAUGUAAAAGUGACAGGGGGUAAUGCAGAUCCCUUCUGUGCAAACCGUGUGAGUCAUGGCCUCCUGCUGUGUCCUGAAAGGGCAGGGGUUGGAGCUGCCACAUGGUAAUGGCAUGAUGGAUAAAGCACUGCAAUAAUCUCUCAAUAGCGUUCCGUUCAGCAGUAAGGGAACAUGACGGGGCUGCUGGGCUGCAGCUCCUGCGGGAUUUAUUUCAUGACUCAGAUACUUCCCAGCUAUGAACUAGUUUGAGCUGACUUUCACACUGAACACAACUGUUUGCUUUAGCUAAGUGGUGAAUACAUGUGUCCAGCAGUUUGCUAAAUUGUCAGUCUGGUCCCCCCAAAAGACCAAAUUGUUUGAUUGCAUCUAUGCAUCCCCUUUUGUAGCAAUAGGCUUAUAGAGCAGCUCGUGAAUUAUUAUUACUACUGUUAAGGAAGAGUGUCAGAGGAAGAAACUAAAAGACCUUGUGGAAAAAAAAUACAUUUGAUUGAUCCCAACCUUAUUUUUCCUUUUUAAAAUCACCUGCAGUCAGACUAUUGGGGAUUUUACUUACAGUUUUCCAUCUUCUUACUCUUUCCUUUGGAGGAAUGGUUGAAGCAUCCCUCUGCUGUUUGUGCAAGCAGCUGUGGUAGGAGCUUAUGGGACACUGAGCAUCUUCUGUGAGGAGUUAACCUGUUCCCUGGUUCAGGGUGCACAGCUGUGCCACAACUGGCCCAUGCCUGGCCUCUAUUCUUUGUGCUCCAACAACAAUUAUCAUACAUAUCCCAGGAAUCUGGAAUCAAGUAUGCCUUGAUCACUUGUCCUAUUCUUUAGGUUUCCUGCUCUUCAAAGUAGCAGCAAAUUCUCACCUCCCUGACAUCAUUUUCACCAGGCUUGGUAACCUGCAAGCAAUCCCCAGCAGGCAGUUGGACCCUCAGACAUGGACCAUGACAGAACUAGGAGGAGGCAGCAAACUCAGGUCAGAGACUGAAGUUGUUUUAGAAAUAAGAAAUUAAGUAACAUCUCCGCAGAUUAUUUGGAUAAUUGUAUUUGUAUAUUAUUCGUGUACUGGUAUAUAUGUAAAUACUCAACUAUUUGUAUAUGUGGUCCCUAUAGAAGCAGCAUGCAGUGACAGAGCACAGGACUGGACAACAAGACUUGAGGUCCAUUCCCAGCUCUGCCACUGACUCACCUGUGACCUUGGGCAAGUCACGCGGCCUCUCUAAUGCCUCAGUUUCCCCAUCUGUAAAAUAGGGAUAAUACUACUUACCUACCUCGCAGGGGGGUUAGUUCAUUAUUUAUAAGCACUUUCAGAUCUUCAAAUUUAAGGCGCUAUAUACAGUAACCAGUUAAUACUCAUAGCAGUGGUACAUACCUUUAUUUUCUGAAGACUAAUUCAGGUUGGGACUUUGCUAUGUCUGUUAAGAUAGUUUCCCAUGUAGAAAAAAAGCAUGAUUUCCCACCAGGGGAAUUCGGGGCACUUCUGCAGCAGACAGAGACCUGGGAGCCUCAGCUGACUUCCUUGGUUUUGUGACAUGUCUCACUCGGAAGGUCACCUUUCUGUCAUUGUGCUUCACCCUUUUUCUAGUGAUACGUGUAACAAUUUUUAAACAGAAACUGCCACUGUAAGUACUUAUAUAAAUGUAUUCUUACAUAAAACCUUACCCUUUGAAUAGGUUAAAGCUGGUUGUCACAACAGACUUCCAGGCAUGGGGAGGUUCCACGGUCAGCCCAGCACUGUUUUACAGAAGUAAAAACAGUUGGGCUUCAGGAAAACAUCACAUUCUUUUAUGUCAGAGGAGCACUGGGGUUUGAUGUGCACGGUAAGGGCAUAGCAAGCGUUCUGAGCCCAGGAGCAUGGUGUUCUUACAGGAACCUCCACUUUUGAAAAGUACUAAUAGCGUAAGCGAUUACAAUUCCACAGACAUCCCAAAUGGAGCAAGACAAAAAGCAAAGCCAUCCAACACCACUGAGGCUGCCCAGAAAUGAUGAAAACCAUGACUUACCCAACAACUCUCUGAAGCUGCCCUUGGGGUGGACGCACUGAGAGGAGCUCUCCCCCUCCAGAGAGGCUCCCUGUGCUCAGCUGCACCUGCCAGGUGUGCCAGAAGCAUCAGUGCUUUCUAUUCAUGGAAAGGCAAAAUUAAUUGGAAUCAGUGAGACUACAGUGAAUAGUAAAUCAACCCACUAGAGUAGCAUCUAAAAUAAAGUGUCGCCAAAAUAAUCUGCAGCUUUCAGAGAACGUGCAACUUGAAACUUCACAAGUAUAAAAUCAAUCGCUGAGUUUCGGAGGCAGUGGGAGGCACUCUGGGCUGGCCACGUUAAUGUAUUUUUCAAACCAUUUAUAAUUCAAUUCCAUUUAAUUUUCGCACCGCUUUCCUUCGUUUCAGACCAUUACACUUGUACAAACAAGUCAUUUAUAGAUCGUUCGUGUAAUUCCCUCCACCCAGAAUAACUGCUGCUCUGGAGUAAACGGAUGAUCAAGAAUGACUCUUAAAAAGAGAACAUGCUUUAUAUAAGAGUAGCAUAUUUAAAAGGCAAAAUCAUCUUUUGAAUGUAUGACAGUGUGUUAUGUUCCAGGGAACUCUUACCUGCCCUGCUUUUAUAAGGUGUGCAAAGCAAAACCCAAAACCAACAGCAGUGACCCCCACCAAGCUCACAUCGCCCACCACUGAGGCCAACCUGACAUUCCAUUCUUUCUUUACGUACAGACCCUUCUCAGCCCACAGCUCACCACUGCCCACCCUGCUGGCUGGCAUGUCCUCCUUCAGCAUGGCUUGUUUCUUUCCUCUGGGGAUUUCUUCCCCACCCAUUUAAAGCAUUUCCAGCAGCAGUAACUCUAAGCCAGACGAAACAACGAGCUUAGAAUGAGAUGUGAUCAGUCACAGAGCCGGUCAUUGGCAUGUGAGCUAAUAGAACACUGUGAUACCUUUCGCCAACAGAAUGAAAUGCCUUUUGACUAUAAAUAGCAGUUUUAGAGCAAAGGGGCACUUUUUGGUGUAGCUAUUUUUGAGGUAUUGUACAGCUUUAUUUAAAAAAACUACUGAAUGUGUUUACAAGGUGGGUCUGGAAACUAGAGAGGGCUAAGGAUCCUUCAGAAGCAAAGGGUGGUUGCAGAUUCAGGAAGCCCUGGAGAAUUGGGCUUACACUGGGAAAUGGUUGUUGUUUUUCAUGGGUUUGUUUUGCUUUCAAUCAGUCUGCUUUUAAUAUCAAAUUAAAUCUUCAUGCAAAAGCUAUCACAGAAGCAGCUUUGCAGCAGGUCAUGCUUGAAGAUGCCGUUUUAUUUCACAGGAUAAGAAAAAAGGUGAGGAUUUUCUUCUUUCAUUUAAUGUUGGUCAGAAAUCAAACAGCCUUUUCCAGGCAACAGAGCUUUCAGGUUGAGAGAAUGUUGCGUAUUUAGUGGAGACAGAAUGGGGACCUCAGCAUUCACCCAUUAUAGGUGGGAGCAGCCACCCCGACAGUGGGGGAGGAUGGAGAAGGGCAGAGCAAAAAGCAAAAACAAACGCUCCCUUUUACCUACUUUUCUACUUGCACCUUUUAUGUCCGCAGUGCAGAUUCCACGUCAUUCCCUCAUGUAACAUGUACAAAUGAUGUACAUAAUAAAUAAAACUAUUUAUUUUAUGUGUAUUUUUAGCUUAACUGUAAACUGAAAAGAAAAAAAGCGUUUAACCUUUUUUUUUCCCCCCCCAAAAAAUGUAAGCCUAUCGAACUUCAAGGUGUUUCUACCUUUUCAGAUGUAACAUUUCCAGCUACCUAUUGAUAAUAAACAGUUAUGAACAGCAAA